AAACAUGUCCAAAAAGCAGGGGCAAACAUGGCAGGCACUUUCUCCGCCUUUCCCUUCGGAUGGGAGGUGGACUCCGGCGCGCUGGUACCCCCCGAAGUCCGCCGACAAGACUGGAGACUGACAAGCAGUGGAGUGGGGCUCAAUUACAGCCCAUUAUUGCCUUUCCCGCCGCCCUAUGCGCUAUCCACGAUCCAGGAACCGUUGCCACCUGCCUCCCAGAAAAUAUGGCGGGACGAAGUCAUUCCCCGGCUGGCUACCACUGCACAACUUGCCCACUGCAUGAAAACUCAAAGGGAACUGCUAGCUCAACCCCGCUACUCUGUCGCUGCCUCAUAUCAGGACGUCCACUACAAUAAAGAUUUGAGAGAAAAGAUAAAGCUUAGAGAAUGGAGGUUCCCCUUGACUAUGGGCAACCAGAAGAGUGAGAUCCAAGCAAAUUUUCGUGGUUGGCCCAAUCUGCCGCACGACCCUACCUUUCAUGCUGGGCCUCAGCCAUUCAAAUUGGCAGCUCAUCACACAGAUGGAGCAUCCAAGGCGGUGGUAGCCACUACGCAAAACAACAACCUCGCUGGAAGACCCUUCUACAUCUGUGACAAGACAGUGUUUCAGCUUAAUGAACCCUACUUAUCUACCACUGCUCAGGACUUCCGAAUCUUCACACAGAAAGAACUUCAAGGGUGUACUCGGAAGCAAAUUCUCAAUUUGGAUACUUACCCUCUGAUUCGUGUACCUGGACCUAUGCGGGAUCUUCAGACGUUUCCAAAGGCUACCCGGGUGCCCCACCUGAUCCUGAACCCAGCUGUACCUCACCGAGGUUUAUUCAGCCUGGCCCAAGAAACCUACCAACUCCCCAAUGACCACAAGCGUACCUGGGAUCGAUUCUGUCCUGUGCAGCAGCCACCUAAAGUUUCCUGCCGGGUGCCUGUGGUGGAAAUCAUGUGUGUGCCACACAUGUAUGAGACAGAGUAUAAAUGCUAUGGAAGUGGAAAACCUAUGCCAGUGUGAGAUGGACAGAGAUUUGCACUCCUUCACUAUUCACUUUCUCCUACUUCAUCCAAAAAGAAAUAUAUAUAUAUAUAUAUAU